AAGAAUAAUGGGUAAAAGUAAAAGCAGACGCGGAACGACGUCGAGGAAACGGCGACGUUUCGUUCAUAAAUGGAAGUUAUAUGGUAAGUGCACUACUGAUUCGUGGAAUGGAAGCUCUGAUAAAAGAGAAGUACAGAUUUUUCAGACCGUUAGCUGUUAGAUAGAAAUCAGUUCAGGAAAAAAAAUCGGAAUUCUAAAACAGAUGGAGAAGAGAUGGGGAAAGAAGUGGGCUUUGAUUUGUUUGUUUCUUUUUAAUUGGGCGAGAAACGUUUCCUCCCUUUCGGUGACCGUAAGCGACAUUGAAUGCGUUUAUGAAUACGUGCUUUACGAAGGCGACACAAUUUCGGGCAACUUUGUCGUCGUCGACCACGAUAUUUUCUGGAGUUCUGAUCAUCCUGGCAUUGAUUUCACCGUAACUUCGCCUGGGGGUAAUACAGUUCAUAGUUUGAAGGGGACAUCUGGGGACAAGUUUGAAUUCAAGGCCCCGCGAAGUGGAAUGUACAAGUUUUGUUUUCACAAUCCAUACUCAACACCAGAGACCAUUGCUUUCUAUAUUCAUGUCGGCCAUAUUCCCACUGAUCAUGACCUUGCCAAAGAUGAACAUUUGAACCCAAUUAAUGUUAAAAUUGCUGAGCUGAGAGAGGCUUUGGAGUCUGUUACAGCAGAACAAAAGUACUUGAAAGCUCGUGAUACUCGGCAUCGUCAGACGAAUGAGAGCACCAGAAAGCGUGUUAUAGGUUACACAGUUGGAGAAUACCUUCUGCUUGUUGCUGCAAGUGUACUUCAAGUUAUCUAUAUUCGGCGUCUCUUCAGCAAAUCAGUUGCAUACAGUCGAGUUUGAACAAUUUCAUCACAAAUAGAAUACUAAGAUCAGUUAACAAAAAAAAAAAAAAACGAAUCAUGCAAUGUUACAUUUUGGUAUUUUAUAUGUUAUUCAAGUAUCAUAUUUCAAACAUACUGUAGCUUUACAUAAAUGUUUUUUACUCACUUUUUAUAAGCUACUAUUUUACCUUUUUUUUUUUUUUUGUGCCAAUGCAGUGCCUACACUUUAUAAUUUAGCAGAUGUAGGACUUAGAUUAAAGGGCUAGUUAGUAUUUCUUUUGAUAAGUGAUUUUGAGAAGAAUGUUUUUGAAAAGUUAGUCUUUUCAGUGCUUAAACCACUUUAUAAUUUAGUGGAUGGAUGACUUAGAUUAUGGCUAGUUAGCAUUGAUUUUGAUAGAUGAUUUUGAGAAGAAUAUUUUUGUAAAA